AUGUCAAAAGACCUCUGGCUUCCCAAGGCGGAGUUGGAGAAGAAUCCUGAGUAUAUUCAGUGUCGCGAGUACAUGGCUCGACAUCGCAUAUCAGAGCUUCUUCACGAUCUCUUGGCCUCAGUGGCCUUCCAUAAGCCAGAGGGAGGCAGGGAAGGAGUCAUGUCCUUCAUGGCUCAGCAAUUGAAACGCCGCGGUACAGAGGGAGCAGAAGCUGGUGGCCUGUUCGAUAUGAAGGAGAUCGAGUCGGUCUUUCACAUGGCUGAUCUACUCAAGCAGGGCACCAUCACUCGAGAGCAGUGUCGAUCAGCCUUGAAGGCUCUGGCGUGUUCGGCCAGGCAAGAAGAGAUGAUUGAUGGCGUUCCUGGGGAUAAGUCCACAAGCUUGGAGAUUCCGCUGAAGGUCGACUUGUCUACUUUCGUGGAGCUAGCCAGGAAGGCGUUCAGCUUACGGGUUGAGGAUAUAGCCGUGUCGGGAUGA